UUUCAUUCAAUUCGCUCUGCUUCUCUUAAACCCUAGUGGUGGGUUGAAGAAGCUGAAGGGGUUUUGAGAAUGGGGGAGCAAAAGCUGAAAAGCGUGCCUGUGCUGCCAUGGAUGCGAAGCCCCGUCGAUGUCAAUCUCUUUGAGGAGUGCCCUCUCCAUCUCCUCCCUUGCCUUGAUACCAGGUUGAAGGUGGCUUUGCAGAGUAUGGGCAUAUCUUCACUCUUCCCUGUGCAAGUCGCGGUUUGGCAAGAGGCGAUUGGGCCUGGUGCAUUUGAGCGAGAUCUCUGCAUAAAUUCACCAACAGGAAGUGGGAAAACUUUAGCUUAUGCUUUGCCAAUUGUGCAAAUGCUAUCGACCCGUGCUGUUAAAUGUCUACGUGCUAUAGUGGUGUUGCCUACUCGUGACUUAGCCUUUCAGGUUAAAGAGGUUUUUGCUGCAAUUGCACCGGCAGUGGGCUUGUCUGUUGGUUUGGCAGUCGGUCAAUCUUCUAUAGCUGAUGAAAUUUCUGAACUUAUCAACCGGCCUAAGCUUGAGGCAGGCAUCUGUUAUGACCCAGAAGAUCUUUCGCCUGAGUUACAAAGUUCUGUGGACAUAUUGGUGGCAACCCCUGGAAGGCUAAUGGACCAUAUUAAUAACACUAAGGGUUUUACCCUUGAGCAUCUCUGUUAUCUUGUUAUUGAUGAAACAGACCGAAUGCUCAGGGAAGCAUAUCAGUCCUGGCUACCCACCAUGCUUCAAUUGACUCGCUCUAAUGAUGAAAGUUUCUAUCCUCAUGCUCUAGAUGUUAUUCCUUCUACAUUUAAUUCCUUAAAAACCAUAAGGAGAUUUGGUGUUGAGAGGGGUUUUAAGGGUAAACCUUCCCCCAGGCUCGUGAAGAUGGUCCUGUCUGCAACACUGACCCAAGAUCCAAGCAAGCUUGCACAGCUAGAUUUGCAUCACCCUUUGUUUUUAACAACUGGGCAAAAGCGUUAUCAGCUUCCAGAAAAGUUAGAAUCCUACAAAUUGAUUUGUGAAUCAAAAUUCAAACCGAUGUAUUUGGUUGCCCUUCUGCAAAAUCUGGGUGGAGAGAAGUGCAUUGUUUUCACAUCAUCUGUGGAAUCAACUCAUCGUUUAUGCACCUUACUGAAUUUUUUUGAUGAUCUACAAAUCAAGAUCAUGGAGUAUUCAGGUCUUCAACGUCAAUCUAUAAGAAGCAAGACAUUGAAGGCAUUCCGGGCAGGGGAUAUACAAGUACUUGUUUCCUCUGAUGCGAUGACUCGUGGAAUGGAUGUUGAAGGGGUUAGAAAUGUUAUUAAUUAUGACAUGCCUGCAUACAUAAAGACAUAUAUUCAUCGGGCUGGUCGGACUGCAAGAGCAGGCCAGACUGGGCGUUGCUUCACAUUGCUGAAUGAGGAUGGGGUUAGGCGUUUCACGAAGCUGUUACAAAAAGCUGACAAUAAAUCUUGUCCUGUUUACUCUAUUCCUUCUAGUUCGGUUGAGUCACUUCACUCUAUUUAUACAUCUGCGUUGGAGAAACUAAAAGAGAGGGUUGGAUUAGAAACAUCCAAGAAGCGCAAAAUUGGUUUCAAGUCUUCUAGGGCACGCAAGGAGAACGAAAGAAAGCAUUCAAAGGAGUAGCUCUUGAUCCUUCAAGCAAGAAGCUCUGCAACAGCAGAUUCCAAUUUUGUGGUGAAUGGGAAGAGAGUUUUAGAGAAGGGCUUUUUAGAAAUUUUUGUUGAGAUCCAUGGAUGAGAGAUGUUUUAUAGCAUAGAAAGUUAAUGGAGUUGAAAAAAAUGUAAUAUACACAAUUUUUUAGCAUACAACUUUGUAUAUCUCAUUUUGUAACAUGUUUCAAAUGUCUCAAAUAAGUUGGCUCUGUUUUUGAAGAAUAUGAUUAUAACCAUCCUCG